AUGGCGGACGACAAAAAGAGCCGGGGCAGGGAGAUGGUCACGCCGCUGACCCUGCCCGGGCACACCGGGUUCUUCUCCCCGCGGGAGCUGUCGAUCCAGCGGCACACGCGCAGCGACAGCGGCGCGGACCCGCUGCACUCGCCGGGCACGAUGCGGUCGAUGGAGAGCGCAGCGUCGACGGUGGAGGACUUCGUGCGGGACUCGCUGAGCAACCUGGAGGAGCGGCUGGAGAGCGUGCUGGACAACGUGUCCGAGGAACUGGCCAGCGAGGUGGCGCGCGAGCGGCAGCACCUGAUGCUGAUGCAGGAGCAGGUGGACAAGCAGGGGCGCAUGCUGCAGCACGAGUUCGGCGAGAUACGCAAGGCCAUGGAGCAGGAGCGCACGGCGCGGGCGCUGGUGCAGCAGAGCACGCGGGAGCGCGGCGACGCCAUCUCGGAGAACGCAAAUCGCUGGAGAUGCGUGCCGGCAAAUUUGACAUUAAAGCGUGGUUUACGCCAGUGCGCGGCGGACCGGCCGUACGUCACGUUGCCGUCGUCGUGA